AUGACGAACCAGAAAAAUCAGGAAGCCGCAAUUAAAAAUUUGGAAACUCAAGUCAGGCAACUGGCUAAACAAAUUGCAGCUAACCAGUCAAAUGCGACAUUCUCAGCCAAGACUCGAGAGAAUCCUAAAGAGCAUUGCAAAGCAGUUUUUACCCGAACUGGUCAAAAAGGUGGUGAGGAGGAAAUUGAAAUCAAUGAUACUGAAAAGGAGGAUAAUGAUCAUGCUACAGAAGAGAAGGAGAAUGAAGUCAUAAUGAGCGACAUGACCAAGACCAAUGAAAGAGAAACAAAUGAGACUAAGAAGAAAAGAAAAAGUGUUAAGAAAAAGGUGUCGGAUAAUGUGAUACCAAGUCAACAUCUCCCGUACCCUCACGCUCCAUCAAAGAAGGCUGAUAGCAUGCUCAUAAAGAAAAAGGGACACAAAGAUGAAGAAACUGUGGUACUUGAUGCCCAGUGUAGUGCUGUAAUCCAAAGAACUACUCCAAGAAAGGAAUCCGACCCAGGACGAGUCACCUUACCAUUAAAUAUAGAAGGUAACUUUACUGGUGAUGGGUUGAUUGAUCUGGGGUCUAGCAUAAACUUGAUCCCUCUAUCCAUUGUCAAGAAACUGGGGAAUAUUGUGAUGACGCCUACUAGGAUGACAUUACAAUUGGCCGACAAGUCCAUCACCUCACCAUAUGGAGUGGUUCAAGAUUUGCUAGUGAAAGUAGAUAAGUUUUUCUUCUCGGUGGAUUUUGUGGUAGUUGACAUGGAAGAAGAUCAUGAGGUACCGGUGAUCCUUGGAAAACCAUUCAUGAAAACCGCCCGAAUGAUGAUUGAUAUGGACGCGGGGAUCAUGAAAGUAAGGGUACAAGAUGAGGAAGUAAAGUUCAAUCUGUUCGAAGCCAAGAAUUAUUUUAAGAACAAAACUGAUAUCUUCCGAAUCGACACCACUCAGGGAGAACUUAAAGAUGCUAAAGAUCAAGUGUAA